AUGGCGUCUGUGGCAGUGUCAAAAAGAAGUAGAGCCGAUAACAAGUCCUGUAAAAUAAAAUACAGUGCCCUCAAAGAGCUUGAAAAAGGAACUGCUCCAAAGGAUGUUGCAAAAGCUUUCACUAUUCCUUCAAGCACAUUGUCGACGUGGAAAAAAAUAAGAAAAGGGUUAAUCUCGAAGAGAUCAAAACCUGAAAAAUCUGAAGAUGCGAACAAGGCUGUUCAUAAGUGGCUACUUGUGAUGAGAAGCGAAAAUAUUCCGAUAAGUGGAGUGAUUCUGAAGGAGAAAGCUCUUGAGUUCGCAGAAGAACUGGGUGUUGGUUAA